UUAACCCCUUGCCUACAGGGCACUUAUACCCCCUUCCUGUCCAGGCCAAUUUUCAGCUUUCUGCACUGUCACACUUUGGAUGAAAAUUGUGCAGUCAUGCAACACUAUACUCAUAUGAACUUUUUGUCAUUUAUUUUGAGACAGAUACAGCUUUCUUUUGGUAGUAUUAAUCACCUCUGGGUUUUUUAUUUUUUGCUAAACAAACCAAAAACCACUGAAAAAUUUGAAAGAGAAAAGGUUUUUCUUACAACAUUUUGCAAAAGGAUGAGAAUAAUACAUUGAUGACAGAAUAAACAGGGAUGUUUU